AUGUGCAAAACCAAAAUGGCCAUUAACGCUUCUGCCCCAAAAUCAACCCCACGUUCACAACAACAACAACAACGAACAAACCAAACACCAAAAACAACACCAUCGUCAUCAAAAACAUCUUCAAAAACAUCAUCAAAAACAUCAUCAUCAAACCCCACAAAACCCAAAACCCGUUCUUUCUCCGACAACCCAUCCACCUCCUACGCCACCACAACCGGUUCAACCGGCUUCCGUCUCUCAACCGACACAUCCAUCUCUAGCCCAACAUCCCUCACCACCCUCCGCAACACCCUCCCAGAAAACCCCAACAUCUACGACUUCUCCGAAAUCUGUUCCGCCACAAACAACUUCCUCUCCAAACGCUUCUCCUCCUCAACCCCUUGCUGGCACUGCACCCUCCGCGGCGCUGACGUCAUCAUUUUCCAACGCAAAUUCCGACGCAAACUUCAAACCACUCAGCUCCGGGAACUUCUCUCCGUCGUCUGCCGUAGCCACCACGUCAGCAUCAUCAAACUCCUCGGCGUUUCAAUCUCCGGCGAACAUAUUUACCUCGUGUACGAAUUCGUUAACGGCGCUAAUCUCUCCGAUUGUUUACGUAACACCCGAAACGUUCAUUUCACCGUUCUUUCUACAUGGAUUUCGAGAAUGCAAGUCGCCACCGAUCUCGCUCAUGGACUUGAUUAUAUUCACAACAAGACCGGGUUUGUCAUUUCGGCGCAGCGCAACUCUGCGGUGAAGCCGUUGAGAAAAACGAAACCACCACCAAACAAUCGGGGGAAAAAGAAAUCACGGAGGAAGCUAAAUCGAAUCCAUUGA